AUGAUCACAAAUCCAACAAGUCCCACGCUCCUUGAUGAAAAGCAAGCUGGAAAAUUACUUUUUGAUCAAUUAAAUACAUUCUUUGAAAGGGAUGAACAUAUCAUGGAGCUGGGUUUGAUGUUGAGUAAACAAGAACCUCCAAAAUCAAUUUCGGAAUUAGAGAAAAUAUUACGGAGCAAUCAAGAGGAUCAAGAGCCUUCAAGACAUGUGGACACCAUUUGUCCAUUUCUCUAUAAAGACAGUAGAAUUGGAUUAUCCUUUUGGUGCCUUCCACUCGUGUACAAGUAUGCCUACUCACGGCUGUUAGAGGUUGAACGAGAAAAAGAAAACGUUUCCGAAUCCGAGUUGUUGGCCAUCACUCGUGGAAUUUUAUUAAUCAAUGCCGAUUGUGUUACAGCAUGGAAUGUAAGAAAGGAAUAUUUAUCUAAACAUCGCUCCAGCGUGGAAAAGGUCUCCAAAGAAUUACAGUUUUUAAAUCUUGUGGCAACCAAACAUCCAAAGAGUUGUGAGUCAUGGGAUCAUCGCAAUUGGAUUAUUAGAAAUUUAAUUUUUAAUGACAAUUCUAAAUACUUCAGUGGAAGAGAACAAUUUGUGAGAUUUUUAAAUAGUGAAAUUGAGAAUUGUACCAAAACCGUAACUAUUUAUCCCAGAAAUUAUUAUUCAUGGUCAUAUCGACAACAAUUAAUGAAUCUUAUCAUGUCAAGUAAUUUUUUAUCAAGCAACAGCGAAUUAUAUGACACAAGACGAGUUGUAUUGAAAGAAAAACUUGAUGAUUUACUGAACUGGCUGAAAAGAAAUGUCAGCGAUCAUUCAUGUGUGAACCAUAUAAUCAUACUCUUGCGUCAUUACAAACAAGCUCUUUUACAGUACAAUGAUGACAAGGAGACUUCAUAUUUUCUUAUUUAUUUACUCAAAUUAUUCUAUUAUAGCCAAAGAUUUUUAUGGAUUUUCCUAUUAGAAAACAAUGAUCUGUUCGAAAAAUACUUUGAUGACACGUCUCUGAAGAACACAAUUCAACAUGUAAUAGAAAUCUCAACAGAACAAUUUAGACAUUCUUCCAUUGAUCUGUAUCCGUACGAACCCAUUCAAAUAGCAAGCGAUCUACUGUUAAUUCAACGAUGUAUUAAUGACAAGGAAGUGAUGGUUGACUCUUCGAAACAAAUUCAUCAUGGUCUUGUCAAUACAUUUCACAUGCUGAAAGUUGUGAAACAAUUCACCUUAAAGCAUCCACAUGCUGUCUCUUGGUACGAAUUUUUAUUCUGGGAGAUCUAA